AUGAAUGACAUGACUAAGCAAUGUAUCCUACCCAGUCAGCACGACGCGGCAUACUGGAUCGCCCUUCCUGCUUCUAACCAGCUGAAUACCGUAUCUCUUCUAUUGCUCGACACCCUCAUGGCAGACCAACCAGCCCCUUUUCAGCCCAAUACCCGAGUCAUCCGCAGACGCCGCCGCAAGUUCCUGGCCUGCGACGCUUGUUCCAAGAGGAAGCUGAACAAGCAGGAGAAGCGCAAUUCACCGUCAGUCAGUUCCUCAUCGGGCUCCAGUCCACACUUCAACACGCGUCGUAGUCCCAGAGAUCCUUCUUCACAGACGGACACCCAUCUUGCAAAUACAACCAAUGCAAAGCUCCAUUCCCCCGGACUUGCCUUGAGGAAUAUCUGUGUCUUCAAUGGCCUGCCUUUCUUCUCAUCUGGCGGCAGGGAAUGGAUCAAAGCACUGGUAGGGGAAGAGGUGGAUUUGACCCAAUAUAAACCUCCCAAGCAAGUAUCUUGGAUACGUCCUCAGGCUAAGCCUCCAACAAUACCCUUGCCUAGUGAAGCCGUCUUGCGUCAAGGUCUCGAAGCAUACCAAUCGUGCCUCUUUUUUCACAUCUUUCCUUUCAUCCACCCACUGCUGUUCGAGGAGACAAUUCGUGCAGCCUACCAGGAGGAACACACUCUAGAACGCAGCAACGCGGAUGCCAAAGCGUGCGUGUUUGCCUUUGUGGCAGCUGCACCAAGAUUCGCAAAAUUUCUACCUAAUGAGGCCGUCGCCAAGACGGCCGAGUAUGCCCAGGCAGCUUAUGAUCUGGUCCCGUCGCUUCUUGCAGAUUCGGGCACUUUAGACGGGCUACAAGCAGUGCUUCUUCUGUGCUUCCACAGUCAAGGUGUCCUUGGGGAUAUGUUGAGCGUGGAGCUGUUGUUAUCAACGGCGACACGUUUUGUAUUCCACCUCGGAGGCCAUAUUAACCCCGAAAGACCUGCGGACGUGGAUAGCAGGCCCUUGACCCUACGAUUACAUCUCCGUUACCUGUUCUGGAUCUGCUACGAGUUUAGUCAAGAGUAUUGCAUGCGCACAGGGGUUCCACCUAAUUUCGACAGCGCGUUGUGCGACCUGACCUUGCCGAAGUCCUCCAGAGAAGUAUCCAACGAAGCCACGAGUGGCACAUGCUCCCCUCUCUUUAUCUCGUUUAUAGAGUUGUCGAAGGUCGAAUCCCAAAUAUACCGGAGACUCUAUUCGGUUCCCGCGCAGAAUCAGACUGAUACAGAGCUCCUGAGGGCAAUCCGCGAUCUGGAUGAACUCCUGGAGGAGUGGAAGCUGUCGUUGCCUGUGCAUAUGAGACCAUCCUUGACCCAUCGACCGACGGAUGUCGAGGAUCAACCGUCUUCCAUCCUCCAGCUGAAAUACCACUACUGUUUGACGAUGAUCCACCAAGCUAGUGGUCGUUGUAUCUCGUGGACGCAGAACACACGUGGUCUCGGGUCAAGUCUUGCGAUUAGCACGGAAGCAAGUCGAUCACUGCUCAUGAUAUUUGCAUGUUCUGAACAUUCACUUCAUCGCUGGAACCUUCUCUUUUGCUUGCCUUAUUUCACAGCAGCUAUGGAUGGUGGCAGCGCUAUGGCCUCAGGCUCCACCCUCGACUCAAAUGCAGGUCCAGCUCGUGAAGGACUUGAGUGUGGAGAUACAGCGUCUGGCGCGGAAGGCAAUGCAACGAGCAGCCGAAUGAUCCUACGCACCUGGCGCAUGGUCUCUGUCUAA